AUUAGCUGCACAACUUCCUGUGAGCUAUUUGAGCAGAGCUUGAUAUGAGAUGGUUUGACACCACAUCACAAGUCUUUGUGUGAGCCAGAAGCAGUUACCCUAUGAGCACACAAUGAUGUAGAUCACUGCGGUAAUUCAUCAUGGAACAGAACACAUCUUUGGCCAUCAUCUCUGAGAGUCAUCUCCCUCCAGUAUUCAAAACAGUCAGCCUGGUGUUCUACAGCAUCAUAUUCUCUGUAGGCUUGGUGGUCAAUCUCACGGCCCUCUGGGUCUUUGCUCUGACUACAAAAAGAAGGAGUUCUGUCACCAUCUACAUGAUCAAUGUGGCUGUGGUGGACCUCAUCUUCAUUCUCCUGCUUCCCUUCAGAAUGGCCUACUACAGUGAGGACUAUUGGCCGUUUGGUGAUAUGUUCUGCAGAAUCAAUGCAGCACUAACCAUACUCUAUCCAUGUCUGGCUCUCUGGCUCUUUGCCCUCAUUAGUGCUGACCGCUAUGUAGCCAUAGUUCAGCCACGGUAUAGCAAAGAGCUAAAGAAUGUACACAAGGCCUUGCUGUCAUGUGUGGGAAUCUGGGUCAUGACCCUUGGUGGGGCAGCGUCACUUCUUUUCCUGGAGGAAGAUCCAGAUCAAUUCUCCAACCACACCACCUGCCUGAAGAUGCAUGACAUUGUCUACCUGCGCCGUGACAACCCUGUCCACUUUGCUCGUCUGGCUUUCUUCUUCUUAGUGCCCAUACUUAUUAUGGUGGGCUGUUAUAUCAUCAUUGUGGACAACCUGAUUCAUGGACGCACGUCCAAGCUCAAGCCCAAUGUGAAGCAGAAAUCCAUCCGUAUCAUCAUCACAUUGAUCAUGCAGGUGCUGGUGUGUUUCGUUCCCUUCCAUGUCUGCUUUGUGCUCCUGCUUUUUGAGAACAGCGGCCCGGACUACAGCACCUGGGGCGCUUUCACAACCUUCCUGAUGAACAUGAGUACAGUGUUGGACAUUAUACUAUACUACAUAGUGUCUAAGCAGUUUCAGGACCGAGUGAUUAGUGUGAUCCUCUACAGGAACUAUCUGAGAAGUGUGCGAAGAAAGAGUCGCCACACAGGAAGUGUGCGCUCUCUCAGUAACCUUACCAGUGCCAUGAUCUGAUGAAUCUGACAUGGUUUGAACACACGAAAGAAAUCUAUUUUUAUAUAUAAAAUGAUUGCAGACUAGUCUCUAAAAAGAGGAACAUAGUGAAGCUUGGACACUUUCACUUUCUUUUGUUGCCUUAGUUUAGUACUUUUCUUAACGAAAGCUCUUUCUAUGGUGUGCAUGUUGGGCUCUGCAAAUGUUGCUUUUGGUUUACUCAUGAAAGUAAAGCAAAGGUGAACCAGGACAAAUAUGAAUUAUCUCUCCUAGACCAUUGCUUGAAAGAAUCAAGGAAAUCUUUAUACUCCCAAAAUGCAUAAUGUAUAAAAUACACAAUCUAUGUGAUGCAAAAUGUUUGUGUAAAAUUUCUUUGUAAAUUGUAAAAUGUUAAAUUGUACGUUGUCUUUACAUUAUUAUAAUCUCCUGCUGAGAAGUUAAUAGAGUGAUUCAGACUGUUUUGUUUAAAAAAAAGAUGGCAUCAUUCUACAGGGGUGGACAAAUUGCUAGCCCAGGUGCCUGGGAUAAACAGAUUAUAUACCUGGGCUAUUGGUUUUUCAUUCACAGAUGCUCAAUGGACAAGCAGGUCCAGUAGGCUGUUGAUAUUAUAAUAAUCAUCAGCGUUUUUCUUUACUUAUCAACAUUUGGAAAAUGGAAGACAAACUUCCUACUGACUUUUGCAAAAGAAGAUCUUUGUUCAUAAACCACCCCAAUUGCUUCGUUUUCUUGGUGGUGAAAAGCAGCUUGAUACUGUUGCACUGCUAAUCUUUUACAAAUGCUGCUACCUGCUGCACUACGUAAACGAGCCAAGACGUGGUCUAGCUGUUGGAACUAUUCUUACAGGGCAUCUUAAUUAGCUUGAAUGGAUGCUAGACAAUCUUCCAAGAAUCAGGAAUAAAAUAGGAUGUGUAAACAGUGACUAAAUACAGUACUGUAACUCUAAUGCUAGCACGACUUGCAGUCACCUCACUUUUAAACACUUCAUUAAGGGAAAAUGAAGAUGCUAGUCAGAGUCAGACACCAUCUUUACAGGUGAUGAGGGAACACAAAUCAGUCAAAUCAUUAGCCAAGGAUUUUCUGCCAUUUCUGGAGUUCAUCAAGGGUGCAAAUAGACAUUAUCAGUAUAUGACAAAGAGUAUAGUUACAUAAGGUCACCCAUCCCAUGUAUUCAGUAUUUGUUUAUUUUCCCUAGUCUGUAUUAAUGUACAUAAUUAGCUUGUCAAACUUUAUUAGUUGCAAUAGUUGCCACUUUUUUUUUAGCCUGGUCUGGGUAAGCACAUUGGCUAAUUAAUGAAUUUAUGGUUUGUCCACCCCUGGUUCUAGAAAUGUAUCUUACCAUGAUGGAACUCUCCGCACUGAGUGCCCAGUAUGUUUAUAGCUUCUAUAAGCUACCUCACAUAAAAGUAUUGCACAAAAUGUUUACAAAUAUAUUGACUGUUUUCAAAUAGUGCCAUGAUAAGGUAACAACUUACAACAUAUUUCUUUAAUUUAGUACUCGCAUUGUGGACCAUGAUUUCUGUAUUGUUGUUAUAACCUAUAGCUAGUUCUAGCCAAAGCAGCUAAGUCUUUAUUUCUUUAUUUUAUUUCAUUUCAUUAUUUCAUCUUUUUCAUUUAUAUAUGUAUGUGUGUGUGUGUGUGUGUGUGUAUAUAUAUAUAUAUAAUCAAGGAGGUUGACUCCAUUAGUUUUCACUGGGAAAUACUGAGAUGAUAAUUACCUUCAACCUUACCAUCAGGGUCUGGAAUAAGUGCAGGGUCUGGAAUAAGUGCAGGGUCUGGAAUAAGUGCAGGGUCUGGAAUAAGUGCAGGGUCUGGAAUAAGUUGGCUCCUACCACAAACAUUGUAAAGAAACAGCAGGAACACAAAAGUCAAUUGCUAUACAUUUGAUCAUUUUUCUUAAAAAUAUUACACAUUGUCUUUUAUUAUGAAAAUUAUGCUGAUGUAAAAAAAUGAUGAAAUUCCUCUUUAAAAUCAAACAUUCAAAAUAAAUUUUUGUAACAUCUUUUAUAAUCUGUAAUUUUACAUUCUUAUCAUUGCAACCAUGAAUAUGCAACUGCAAAUAAAUUUAGACUGCUUUUUUAUACUAUAUUUACAUUUGAUUUAAGAAAAAAAGUAAAAGAAAUAAACUGUAACA